GGCGCUUCGUUAGCAGACAAUUGGAGAGGUUCUGAAGUGGAGAGAUUCUUAGGUGGUCGAUUAUUACGCAAUCAUCGACUAAUGGUGUUUGUAUAGUCCACCUGGCGCCUAAGAGUCGGCGUACGAUAAGAAAAACCUCCAAUCAAAUAGACUCAGUGGGCGGCUAGGCCACGAUGCAAGUCCGAAAUUCCGAACUCUGCGUAUGCAUUCAAAGGUACACUGAGAGCCAGAAUACCAAUACAGUGGGAUUAGUACCAUAUGUAUCCCGUCUAUUGGAUAUGAUCUUGUGCUUAAAUUUAUUGAUUAUAAAUUUACAAUAUUUUGGAGAAAAAAAAAAAAUAAAAAGGGCGGAUGUGAAACGAGGGCUGGCGGGACGGACUAAUCGGGCGGCUUCCACAAGCAUGUGCCGUCCUCGACGCCCGCUGUUUACAUACAUAAGUUUCUUUUUCGACGUGUCUUUAUUCCGCUCUUCCCCACGUCUUGGGCGCUUAACACUCAAAAAUUUUCACACUGAUCCUCCGUAGUUCCCCAUACGCGGCAUAGUGUACCCUUGAACCGAAAUCGUAUAUAAACACGGAGCCGCCCCGGUUUAUACCCCCUCUCACUCUGCUUUCUUCCUAAAUCCCUUCUUCCACGUCCGCUCACGCAUACGUGUAUCCAUCUUUGAAAGUAGAAAAACUGAAAUUCUCGUCCGAGUC